AUGACGAAGAUGUCAGACCUGAUUAGACGUAAUAGGGCGGUGACGACUACACAGAGUUCGAAGCCCCCAGCACAGCCGACAUCUGCUGCCACUGCGCAAGCACUGAUGGACCACUUGGCAGUUGGUCCCGUGGGGUCCCAGGCGCCUGCUUCAUCGGCUUCAUCAGUGGGAAGCCUGUUAGCGCCAGCGACGAACUACAAGUUGGAGGACCUCGACGACGAGUUGUUGGCGUACGUCAACAGACUCUUCUCUGAGAGGUACAAACAGUGGAAGAGCGAUUUGCACCACUAUUUUGAGGCGUUUGAUGAUCCGCAAGUCGCUCUUCAGGAGGGUUGCCCCAAGGAGCUUGAGGGUCGGGAGGAUAGUUGGGCGUGGCUCUGCGCUCAUUUUCAGGCCCCCGCUUUUGUGAGCAAGAUUUUUUUUCUCAGACACAAACACAAGCUGAACAUACAAAUGGCUGCCACCAGAGCGCAGCAGGAUGCUUCUCCGUCCUCUCACUGGUGCACUUAUGAUGCAUUCUUGAGCUUCAGGGCCACAGACACACGCAAGGGAUUUGCUGAUCACCUCUAUAGGGCUUUGGAGGUGGCAGGGAUCCACACUUUUAGAGAUGAUGAUGAAAUCGAGAGAGGAGCAAAUAUUUUAGCAGAGCUUCAAAAAGCAAUACAAGAGUCUCGAGUAUCCAUCAUUGUCUUCUCCAAGGACUACGCUUCCUCGAGAUGGUGCCUGGAUGAACGAGUGACGAUCAUGGACCGUAGAGAAACUAAUGAGCACAUGCGCUUCAACAAGGAGACGGACAAGGUGGAGAAGUGUAGAAAAGCUCUCAGAGAUGUUGCAGAUUUGGGAGGGAUGGUCUUAGGAGAUCGGUCCGAGUCGCAGUUUAUCCAAGAAAUAGUUGAAGUUAUUGGAAAUAAACUGGAUCACACAUGGAAUAGGAGAUUAAGAGUCGAUCCCUAUGUAGUUGGAAUAGAUUAUCGUGUGAAAGGCCUAAACAUGUGGUUAGAAGAUGGAUCAAGUGAUGUUGGAGUAGCUGUAGUCUAUGGGAUGGGUGGAAUUGGCAAGACCACCAUUGCCAAGACUGCUUAUAACCAGAACUUCUAUAAAUUUCAAGGUAGCAGCUUUCUUGCAGAUAUUAGAGCAACUUCAAAACUUCCCAAUGGUUUGGUUCACUUCCAAAAGAACCUUCUUUCAGAUCUCCAAAAGGGGAAAGCAAAGAAAAUAUACAGCUUGGAUGAAGGAAUAACAAAGAUCAAACAGGCGACACGUUGCAAAAGAGUUCUUAUUGCUCUUGAUGAUGUGGACAACUUGGAACAAUUCAAUGCAAUUCUUGGAAUGCGAGAAUGGCUUCAUCCAGGAAGUAAAAUAAUCAUAACAACUAGACAUGAACAUUUGUUAAAGGCUCAUGAGAAUUGUGCAAUGUUUAAGGUGAAAGGGUUGAAUGAGAAUGAAUCACUUGAGCUUUUCAGUUGGCAUGCCUUUAGACAACCCCAUCCUGGCGCAGGUUACAUGGAUCUUUCAAGACCUGUAGUGCAACACUGUGGAGGGGUUCCAUUAGCUCUUCAAGUUCUAGGAUCUUCUCUCUUUGGAAAAGCUGCAGAUGUAUGGAAAAAUGCAUUACAGAACUUGGAUGUGAUUACUGAAGGAAAAGUUCAAAAGAUUCUCAGAAUAAGCUUUGAUUCUCUGCAAGAUCAUGACAAACGUCUGUUCCUCCAUAUAGCCUGUUACUUCAUAGGAAAACAAAAGGAUUUUUCAACUACAGUCCUUGAUGAAUGUGGGUUUGCCACAAACAUUGGAAUUCAAAAUCUGGUUGAUUGAUGUCUUCUGAUAAUUGAUAGAUUCAACAAGAAGUUAACCAUGCACCAAUUACUUCAAGACAUGGGAAGGGGAAUUAUUCGUGAAGAAUCAC